GGCACUUGCAUUUUUUAGUGCCUACUGUCUCUCGCUCAGUUAUUUCCAGCAUUUCAUCGCUGAAUAAAGUUAAACUUUGGUUUUGUGCUCGCCUACAGAUAAUUAUUAGUGUUUAGAGAACAAGCUAAAAUGCAGACACCAGUGUUUUCAUACGUUAUUUCGCCCCUAAUAUAUUUUAUGAUCUCCAUUAUUUCUGAGAAUACAAGGUUGUACCAAAAUGCCGACAUAAUGGCAGACAGGUUUCGUGCCGCUUUUUACGAAAAUGCCGAUACUUUCGAUUUUAUUGUGGUUGGAGCUGGUUCAGCAGGUGCCGUAGUCGCGAACCGUCUAGCCACAAAUAAUUUUACAGUUCUCCUGUUGGAGGCUGGGGGAGAAAUGCAACCAGGUCAAUACAUCCCCUCAACCUCUCUCCUUCUCCUCAAUAAGCCAGAAUUGGACUGGACGCACUUGACGGUCCCACAGGAAAAGGCUUGCCUCGCCUCCACAAACAAGCAAAGCUCAUGGUCUGCAGGGAAGGGAUUGGGGGGAACGUCGUUGCUGAACUUUCUGCAAUAUUUACGUGGAGACCCCCACGAUUUUGAAUUAUGGGCCAAUUUAACCGGUGACCCAAGUUGGAGUUAUGAUGGCGUUCUACCUCACUUCAAAGCAAUUGAAGAUUUUCGUGGGGAAUUUGAGAAUGAAGAUGUUCACGGACAUGGAGGGGAAGUAACCGUUCAACCACCGCCGUUUGUUGGGAUGGCCGAACACUUUAUCAAAGCUGGCGAAGAGCAGGGUUUUAAAAGACGGGAUUUGAAUGGACGCUCUGGCGAAGGAUUUUCUGUCAUGUACAAUAAUAUUCGGAAUGGACGAAGGCUUAGUUCCUUUAAUGCGUUCUUACAGCCCAUACGUGACAACCCAAAUUUAACCAUUUACAAAUUUUCGGAAGUGACCAAGGUAUUGCUAAGAGGUGAACGUAAUGAGGCUUUUGGAGUUGAAUACGUUCGACAUGGUGUUCGAAAAAGGGCGUUUGCAACAAAGGAAGUAAUUCUUUCAGCGGGAUUGGUUAACUCUGCAAAAUUGCUCAUGCUAUCGGGAAUCGGUCCUAAGAACCAUUUGGAUUCAUUGGGGAUCAAAACAAAGUGCGAUCUGCCUGCUGUCGGGAAAAAUGUACAGGACCAUGUAUCUGUUUUUUUGGGUCCGUUCCAUGUCGAUAAACCUGUGACCAUGCUGUUUGAAAGGGAUAUCAACUCUGAAGCUUUUACGGAAUUCAUAGACCACGGUACUGGGACCCUGAGCAGUGCUGGGACAAUGGCCACAGCCCUCAUUUCUUCAAGCUACGCGAAACGAUCUGGGGAAGGAAAUUGGCCGGAUCUUCAAUUAAUUUUACUUGGAACUGCAGUGUAUUCAAGAUUUGAUGUAGACUUUGCAAGUGCCUUCCACGUUCGAGAAGAUAUCCUUAAAAAGUACCUCAAAAUUUCAAAAGGGAGGGAUUCCUUCCAAAUUAUUGUGUCAGGCAACCGUCCUGUCCAACGAGGAGAAAUUCUUCUGAGGAGCAGUGACCCAAAAGAUGAACCCCUCAUUGAUCCCAAAUACUUACAUAACGACCAAGAUUUAGAAGUUCUUCUUGAAGGUGUUAAGCUAGCGUUGGAUUUGGUGGAAAACACCACGACAUUUCGAGCCAUCGGUGCCCAACUUACCACAGCAGUCUUUCCAGGUUGUGAGGAAAUGGAAUUUCGAAGUGAUGAUUAUUGGCGUUGCUUUAUCAGACAAUACACUGUGUCCAUGCACCACCUCGCAUCAUCUUGCAGCAUGGGGCGCCAUGAUUCAAGGGACGCCGUUGUAGACUCAAAGCUUCGUGUUAUUGGUGCGGAAAAUCUUCGGGUGAUCGAUGCUUCGGUCAUGCCAAGUGUGCCAAACGUGAACACAAACUCUCCCGCUAUGAUGAUUGGACAAAAGGGAGCUUCAGAAAUUCUAAAACGAUGGGCGUCCAAUGCAGAAAAUGAAGUGAAAUAGUGCCAAUUGGUUUUCGUGAAAUUCGUAGCCUGCUUCAAAACGAUACCAAAGAAUAACUUUAAUUUUCUGCAGUUACUCAAUGCAAAGUGCAAACAUAAAAUGCUUAGAUAAUUGUGCUUUAAAUUAAUUAUUAGUUAUUUAUUUCGACAAAUGUUACAAUAUCAAUAGGUUAUAUAUUCAUAGUCCCUGAAGAAAUAAAUAAUUAUUCUCCUAUAAUA